UAGAGAUGUCUUUAUGAGACAUGCUGCUAAUCGUUACAAGGACACAAUUCACGCGAUGAAGAGUGUUAGGGAUAACAGUGUCACAGAUGAUAUUUGGGCGGCAUGGAAUGCGAUUUGGGAUACGGCUGCGGCGAAGAGGAAGUCCGCCAUCGCUCGGGCUAACAGGAUGAGUGAGCCGUCAGGGCCCGGGACUGGACCGGUGCGCCACACGGCAGGAUCGCGCUCAGCUGUGAAGCAUAUGACCGUUUUGAGUCAGGAGCUCGGUCGUCCUGCGACAUAUGCUGAGUUGCAUGUUCGUAUGCACUCGACAAAGGACGAUCGGAACAAGUUUGUCGACAAGAGGUCGCAGGAUAAGCAUGAGCGUUUCCUUGCAGAGCGUGCAGCUGCGACCCAGUCCUCCCCGGAUGAGGGCAGUUCGUCGACCCCGCAGUCCAUCGACGAGAACGAACUGUUCUUGUCUCUCGAGGCGGUGAAGAAGCAGCGGGUUUACGGAGUUGGUUCAGCUGCAGCUUCGUACAUCGCGUCAUUCAAGGGCACCGGUGUACGCCGCGGCUCAUGCUCGUCGUCCCAGCAGACUCACUCGACCGAGGAUAUCGAGGAGCGGAUCCAGAGAGAGGUAUCCGCUCGGGUGCAAGGGAUGCGGGAAGAGAUUCAGAGGGAUGUGGAGUCUUCCGUCGACGAGCGGAUUGCUGAGAGGGUCCGCUCGGAGCUGGCAAAGAUGAUGAGCACUCUACCAGAAGCCAUGCGCCCCCCGCAGCCCCCCUCAGGUCCAGAUGACGAGGAUAUUACUAGACUUUAGU